UUGAAAUAUCCCAACUACUACUGCUUACCCGCCAUUUCUACCUCUUCAUUUGGCAUGAAAAGUCCAAAUUCUCUAUUUUCCGGUCGCCGGAGAUCUAGUUCCGGCACCGGAUCUAUCUUCUCCAGCUCCAUGACCCAUUCACGUAGUACAUCCACAUACUCCUCCACUACUACAUCUUCAAACAAGUCAACUUCCGGUAAAAAUCCGGUCAAAAUCGCCGCCAAAACCGUCGCUGAAGCUUUCGUUUCAUGUUUCACUCCGCCUGAGACUAAAUCUUCGAAUAACAACUUUGGUGAUUCCUCUGAUUCAUUUAAAGCUCCUUCAGUUGCAUCAGAUGGCAGAAAUGAGAGAAGACGCAGUAGAGGUCGAAGCAUCUAUGCUAGUGAAAAUAAUUCAAUCCACGCAAAAGUGGCAGGAAGUGUUAAAUUCACCAUGGAAGAAAUCUACAAGGCCACAAGGAACUUUUCCCCAAGCCUUAAAAUUGGUCAAGGUGGUUUUGGGAUAGUUUACAAGGGUCGCCUUGAGGAUGGAACAGUUGUUGCAAUCAAACGUGCCAAAAAUACCAUACAUGAUAAACAUUUGGGAGUUGAAUUUCAAAGCGAGGUUCAAACUUUGGAAAAAAUAGAACAUCUGAAUUUAGUAAAGUUUUAUGGGUACUUGGAGCGUGGAGAAGAAAGGAUUAUCGUGGUUGAGUAUGUUCCUAAUGGAACUCUUAGAGAACACUUGGACUGUGGUCCUGGAAAUGUUCUUGAUUUUGCAUCAAGACUAGACAUUGGAAUAGAUGUUGGACAUGCAAUUACAUAUUUGCAUAUGUAUACUGAUCACCCUAUUAUCCAUCGAGAUAUCAAGUCUUCUAAUAUUCUGCUCACUGAAAACCUUCGAGCUAAGGUGGCUGACUUUGGCUUUGCAAGGCUAGCAGCUGACACUGAAUCCGGAGCCACGCAUGUCUCUACCCAAGUUAAAGGGACUGCCGGCUAUCUAGAUCCUGAAUACCUCAGUACCUAUCAACUUACUGAGAAGAGUGAUGUCUAUUCAUUUGGUGUUUUACUUGUGGAACUUGUAACUGGAAGGCGUCCUAUUGAGCCAAAAAGGGAAAUCAAAGAGCGAAUUACUGCAAGAUGGGCAAUGAAGAAGUUCACAAAUGGAGAUGCAAUCUUAACUUUGGAUCCAAGGCUAGAAAGAUCUUCUGCAAAUAGUUUGGCCAUGGAAAAAAUUUAUGAACUAGCUUUGCAAUGUUUGGCUCCUCAUCGACACAAUCGGCCUACUAUGAGGAAGUGUGCUGAGAUUCUAUGGAGCAUCCGCAAAGAUUACAGAGAAUUAGCAGGAUGAAAUACGCGCUCACUCUCUCUCGACUUGCAGAGCAGCCUAUCAAUUAUAGAAGAAUGAACGGAAUGUAUAUGGUGAGAAAGAUAUCAAUCAAAAGAAGACAAGAUAUAUUUUGUGUCUGGUGUGAUAGUUGCAUAAACAUUGGAAUAUAAAGAUAGCUACUAAUACAUUUGAGGAAGAGAUAAGUACAUUGCAAUUAAAGGAAGUUUGGGAUUUUGGCAAAGACUGUGAAGGGGCAACUCCAUACCAUUGGCUUGUAUAUAGUAGUAAUCUAUUUAAGAAGGAAACUCAACAAUUUUUUGGUAUCUUUCUAGGGACUAUAUUUGAGUACAUGCUUCGAAAAUUUCAUCCCAAGGAAAAUAUCAUUUCCUCC